CAACAGGAUAAAGAAUGGCAAGGAUAUUUUCAUAAUUUGACCGAUUCAUUAACUUCAUUGCUGGUACUGUUGACAACUGCAAACAAUCCAGAUGUGAUGAUUCCUGCAUAUUCUAAGAAUCGAGCAUAUUGCAUCUUCUUUAUACUCUUCACUGUGAUAGGAAACUUAUUUCUGAUGAACUUGUUGACAGCAAUAAUAUACAAUCAGUUUCGGGGAUAUCUUUUGAAAUCGGUUCAGUCAUCGCUUUUCCGGAGACGCUUGGGAAUCCGGGCUGCCUUUGAAGUUCUUUGUUCUUUGACAGAGACUGCAAUCAAUAAAAAUACCUUGUGUGUCCAAUCUGAAGCUCUCCUUCAAGUCCUCCAGAAAGUAAAAAUGGAUUCCUAUUGCAAAGAAGCAAUCAUUAGGAAACUACAAUCUUGUCCCCCAGGAGGGCUGACAGCUACUCAGUUUCAGAUACUUUUUGAUGAACUUGACAAGCAUAAAGUUAAAGAGGUAUGAGACUAACUAUUGUUGAUGUGAUUUGUAUAAACCUGUGAGCUCUAAAUACUUGAAUCUGUCUAUAUAUGUAAUGAAAUUGAAAAACAAUUAUUGGCAAUAUCAAGAAACUGGACAGAUUUUUACAGUGGUACACCUGUCCUGUAGCUGGUAUGCUUUUAAGUAUGCUUAAAACAUGCUUAAGUAUGUUUUUAAGUAUGCCUUGAAGACUCACAUUUUUUAUUAGCUUUUCCUAGCUGCUGCUUUUACGUACUAUUUUUCUUUUCCUGUAGCACUGUUAUAAAACCACUUUCAAAUUCUGUACAAUGGAAAGUGAUAAGAAACAAGGACAUGUUUCAAAAGACAUUUCUGAAACUUUGUUUUCAGGAAGUGGUGAGGGCUGUAUAUGUGAAUGGCAAGGAUGGAUGGAUGAACAUAACAUCAGAACAGGAAAUGCAGGCCAAAAGUCACUCUUGGCUUCAAUAGUUUGUGGUACCAAAAGUAAGCUGGCUAUGAAUCAGAGAAAUAGACAUGAUUAAGACGAACGAAUGUUUCCCCUUUUGUAAAUUAAAUAUUAUGAUUGAGUAGUGACUUUUAGAAGCAUUCUAGAGGUUGGAAGUUAUGUAUCCUGUUAGUACAGUGUUUCUCUGCUUUCAAAUGAGACUAGUAAUGUUCUGCUGCCUAAAUUUAAGAUUAUUAUGAGGAAUGUAAUAUUUGCAGUAAUUUGUGUAAAAAUAUCUACAACAGUGGGAUACUGUCUACUAUGCCAGAGCCUACCUACGUACCAGGUAUACUCUAAAUCAGGGGUCUCCAACCUUGGCAACUUUAAGACUUGUGGACUUCAAC